UAAAAAUAAUUUUUGUUUAUUUUUUCAUUUUCAAUAAAUCAAAAAUGAAUAUAUGUUCACUUUGGUUAUUUCUCAUGUCCCAAACAAAUUCGAUUACAAAAACCUCAUUCGCCUGUUUGUACGCAUGUCCGCGCGGUUACAUCGUAUACGCUGCCACCACCACUACCCGCGCCACAGCCGGCACAUUAUAGGCCGCAGUGCUUCACCUUCAAUUUUCAACGUUCCAUGAGAAAUGCCAUUCGGGUUAGAUGUAGGUACCCAAGUUUUCCUGUCGAACACAUUUUGUUUCCUAAACGUUCAUUGAAGAUUGAACUAUCGAUGCUGAACCGUAUAUUAUGAACUCUGAAGCCGUCAAACCGCGAAUGUGAUAUUAUUGUAUUUGUAUAAUAAUAUUUUAAGUGUACAUCCAAAUUUUGUAGUCAUUUUGUUGUCAUUACCAAAAUAUAGACUGAGCCAAAAAUCUUAAAAACGUCCGGCUUAUUGACGACAAGAAUAUUCUUUUUAAAUUUUAAUCAGCUAUAGUAUUAAAUAGCUAUGCUGUCCAAGCUAAGACUUCUCAGACCGCCGGUUUCCCCAGGAUCCAAAAUAUUAAGUGCAUGGGAAAGUAAAAAUUAUAGUGAUAAAAAGAAUGGCAGUGGAAAAAACAAUAGAGGAAAAACUCCUCCAUUAAUACAGGUCAUUAAACCUGUUAAAAACAAUUUUUCAAAAAAAACAAAAAAAAUAAAUGAACCAGUCAAUUUACCUAAAAAAGAAAUUAUAAUACCAAAAUAUAACGAAUAUCCUCUAAAAACUUACCCUUUAGUGGCUAAGGAUGAAUUUAGUACCAAUUCAAAUUCAUACUCGACAUCUCAUUCUUCUGAGUCUGAAAAAAAUGAUGGUUGGCAGAAUGAUUCUAAAAAUAAACAAUCUUUUCGUAAUUGGAGUCUAUUUGGAGGAGCUAUUAUUCUAUCGGGAACAUUAUAUGGUAUCUAUCAUUUUGAUAUAAUGAAACAGAAAAAAGAUGAUAGCAAUAUUACAAAAGAGACUAUAAAUGCUAAAAAAACACGUAAACUGGUUCAAAUUCCUUCAUUAUCUGAAUCAAUACCAGAUAAUAUACAGUAUUUAUUAAUUGGUGGAGGUACAGCUUCUUUCUCAGCAUUCCGAGCAAUAAAAUCUGCAGAUCCUACUGCCAGGGUUUUAGUUAUAUCAGCUGAAGGUUAUCUUCCUCAUAUGCGUCCCCCAUUAUCUAAAGAGUUAUGGUAUGGUGAUGAUACUGAAAUGGCUAAAUCGUUAAGCUUUCAUCAAUGGAAUGGUACAUCUAGAAGUCUAUUUUAUGAACCUGAACCAUUUUAUACACCUGUUGAAGAAUUAACAACUGCUAAAAACGGUGGUAUAUCACUAGCAAGAGGCUGGAAAGUAGAAUCAAUAAAUGUAUCACAAAAAAAAGUAAAGCUAAAUGAUGGCAAAGAAAUCAGUUAUGAUAAAUGUUUAAUUGCGACUGGAUCUAUUCCAAAAACAUUAAAAUUAUAUGAUGAUGCUAGUGAAGAAGUUAAGAAUAAAUUCUCGGUAUUUCGGUCCAUCAGUGAUUUUGAAGAUUUAUGGGAACAACUGAGUCAUAUAAAAUCUAUUGCCAUUAUUGGUGGUGGAUUCUUAGGUAGUGAGCUUGCGGCUUCAUUGGCCAAUAAAGGAAAAAAAAAUGGAGUUAAAAUUUAUCAAAUAUUCAAAGAAAAGGGUAAUAUGGGAAAAGUUUUACCUAAUUAUCUUAGCCAAUGGACUACUGAAAAAGUUAGAAAUGAAGGCGUUGAAGUUGUGACUGAAACAGAAGUAGAAAAUUGUAGUUUAGAUAAUGAACAACGAGUUAAUUUGGUAUUAAGUAAUGGGAAAAAUAUCUCUGUUGAUCAUGUAAUAAUGGCAGUAGGUGCUAAACCUAACACUGAACUUGCUGCUGAUGCUGGAUUAGAAAUUGAUUCAAAACUUGAUGGUUAUUUAGUUAAUUCUGAAUUACAAGCAAGAACAGAUUUGUAUAUUGCUGGUGAUUGUGCUUGUUUUUAUGACAAACAACUUGGAAGGAGACGUGUUGAACAUCAUGAUCAUGCUGUUAUAUCAGGCAGGUUAGCUGGUGAAAAUAUGGCUGGUGCUGCAAAACCAUAUCAACAUCAACCUAUGUUUUGGUCUGAUAUUGGACCUUCUGUGGGUUAUGAAGCUAUUGGAAUUGUAGAUUCGUCUCUAAUAACAAUGGGUGUAUUUGCCAAAGGAAACCAUAAGGAUCCAUCACUUUUGGCUAAUGAAACUGACCAAAAUACCUCAACCAAUAAAAAAGAAAUAAAUGAAGAAUUAGUAUCCAAAAAUAAUGAGUAUAUUUCUGAAAAUGAUUACAACAAAGGUGUUGUUUUUUAUUUGAAAAAUGAUGUAAUUGUUGGAAUUGUAUUAUGGAAUUUGUUCAAUCGAAUGUCUAUAGCACGCCAAGUGCUUAAAUCUGAUAGAUGUUAUAAAGAUCUCAACGAAGUUGCUAAACUCUUCAAUAUUCAUGGUGAUUCUUCAUGAUGCCCACACUGAAUUUAAUGUUAUUUUACAUUGUUUUACUGUUAUACUAGUAUUUUUAAUACUAGAUAGUAUAAUAAAAUAUGAAAUCCUUUCGUAUAUGUAAAAAUUAAUAUAUUUUUGUAUAGACUGAUUCUA